GAUGAUGAUGAUGAUGGGAAACCCGAGAUUGAAUUGAGAGAAGGCACGUAAGGUUCAUGUUGUAGCCUCACUUUGUCGCGUCCCUGCGGCCGUUUUGGGUGUCGUGUUUUGGGGAGGGACGAAAGGAGACAUCACCUCUUCUCCAUCGUGAAAGCUGGAUGACGAGGCUACAUGGUGUGUGUUACCUAUUCUAAACGCGGAUGUGUGGGAGCCCAGAGAUGGAAAGCUACGAGGAGUUCUGUCUGCGGACUUUGGCCGUACUGCGGGAGGAGGGGAAACUCAAGAAGACGACAUGUGAGACACCGAGGUCCCUGAAGGCUCGCUCUGCCAUACGCUUCCAUGGAAGAGCUGUGCUUUCGCCUCUGCUGAGCGCAGAGCAGCUCAGUGAGAUGUGUGACCUCAGAGGGAAGGCGGUGCAGCUGGAGGUGGACAGACAGAACCAGCAGAGGAACAGACUCUUGUCCCGGGUUCAGGACAUACUGAACCAAGUUCAGACACAUAAAGAACCAAAUGAAGAGGUUGACAAGCUGCCAGUUUCUAAAUCUGCCACAGUCACUGGCUACACCUUGGUCACGGACUCUCCUGGAUUUCCCAAAGACCCUGGAUUUAGGUUACACACAAACACUCUGCCUGACACUCCCACCUGCUCUGUGGCACCCAUACUCAAUGGCUACAAGGCAGAGGAGGAGGUGAAGGUGGAAAAGGAAGAGAAGAGUGAGGAGGAAGAGGAGGAGGACGAGGACAUUAGUUUGGACAGCCUUCUUAAGAGAUCAAGGGAGUAUGUGAAGCGAGAGCAGAGUCAGCAAGGGUCAAAUGUAGUCCACAAAGUCAGCCGGACCCUCCAACCUGAGACCGUCCCGGACAAGGAGAAAAAGAGCUGCGUUCCUGUGGAGGACAAAGGAGUGGAGUUUGGAUUCAGUCUGCACCAUAGCCCUGUUGGACCACCUAACACCCAAAUCCAGCAUCAAACUCUGUACAACCCAAGUCCCCAACAGUCUGGCUGCCUCUCACCUGGUUUACCUGACAGAUAUGCCAAUCUCCCAAGUCCAGAAUCCAGCAUUAGUCCCCGCCCACAGAGACGAAGACCACGCCCAGUCUCUACAGGGAACAUCCAUAUUUCGUUUCCCAUCGGCCCAGCGGACCUUAUUCCCCGCAGCCCUGGACGUUCAAUGGAAGGUGCUGGAGUGGCAGAUUUCGGGGAGGCUCUCCUAGGGGCCACCGAUGACCAGGGCUCAGCUGGGAGUGAAGUUGCUGGGGGUAUCAGCAGGAGUGGCAGUCGUCGAUCCAGUCACUGUGGCAACAGUCCAGUGGAGACCUUUAGCCCCGUCAGUGCCUCUGGUCUCAGCCCUAAGGGACACCACGACCAUCUGGUUGCAGGAUUUCGCCGGCGCUGCCACACUUUGGACAGCCAGCUGCAAGCCCAACACCCUGGAGUUGAACACAUAGACCGCAGCCAGGAAAGGGUUCCUCGCUUCAUGGCAGGAAUCACAAGGUUGGCUCCAAGCUGGCGAACAUCUGCAGCCCCAUUAAACAAGUCGUAUGAUGUAGAUAAUCCCUCACCAUCUUUACAAAGGCCCUGUAUUAAUCCUGAUUGGCCUCAGCUCAAACUCAGGAUGGAGUCUGAAGACCCUCAUGGGACAAACAGAGGAAAGAUCACACCAGGUGUGUUCAGAAAUGCAGCUGAAGCACAGAGCAGCAAAACGGAAGAGACUCAGCGACGAGCGCAGGCUCUGGAGGACAUGCAGCGGUGCCUGGAGGAGGAGCAUGCCUUGCAGAUGUCACUGCUCCUGGUUGAGCAGGAGAGGGAGCAACAGCGCCUCCGUCUGGAGCUUGAGGAGACAGAGAGGAGACUGAAGGAGCAGGGCUGUGUGCGGCCUCUGAGUGCAGACGCUUGUGGGUGGAGCUGUAGGUCUCUGAUUGACAGCUGUCCUGUUGUGAGCCCCUCCUGCCCUGGACUAAGUCCUGCACACACACCAUCUGAGCGAUCGCCUGGACACAGUAUAGGUUUCCCCAGUCCUGGAAGUUCCAGUGUGUCCUCUCCCUCUGUCCAGCCUCCCAUCUAUCUGUGGGGACCCACGUGGGCAGUUAACAAACCUCGAGCGAGGCUAAGUUUGGUUCUGACAGCAGAGCAGCAGAGGUCGUUCUGUCGGGUUGGAGCCAUCAUCCGUGGCUUCCUCACACGCAGACUGCUUAAGACAGAGAAGGUCAAGCAUCUGCGCCAGACCAUCGUGGAUACGCAGGAGUUCAUCCGUUCCUUCAAGACUGAGGGUCCUCAGAAGAGGAGCACCUGCUCACCACAAGACCGCUCCCUGCAGGAGAGAGUGAAAGCCCAGUUACGUGCAGCCCUUUAUGACGUCCAUGACAUCUUCUUCGAAAUUCCUCUGGGGGAACGGUUAGCAUUGCUGCAGCAGGACAGGGAGCUGCGAGCAGAGAGGAAACUACGAGACAUGGAGAAAGCCAAAUGCCCCAAGGAGAGAGUGGUUUUGUCUGCUGCCACACAGAGGUCUCUGGACCGGAAAAAGAGGGUUGGUCACUCCCCAGCUCAGGCUAGGAAGAUGCCACAGAAGCCAAAGAGCCCGACAACCAACAGAGUACUGAAGCCAAACCAAGGCCAAAACUCUCCCAUCCAAGGCCAGCUGAAUCGCCAAGGGAGCUGGUACAAGAGGACCCCAGAGGAGAGAGUGAGGCGCUCCGACAGCCUGAAGAAGCAGCACUCUCUUGGAUAACCUGUGACUCAACAUGCCUCGAUGUGUGAACUUGAAUUUUUAGUCCUUGAAUACAAACGUUGGACCACUGAAACUUAAGACAAUGCUGCUAACAAAAUGAUCGUCUGUAUUCUAGCUUCUGGAAUUCAAAUGAUUGUAUUUUUUCUUCUACACUUUCGCUCAUUGAUUUACACCACCACAAAGCCAAUGUUUCUGACUGUUGUAGCCUGCUAAAAUAGCUUCUUUAGCAACCGAUUGUUCUUAAACACACGUAGCUUGAGUAUUUUUAAUGAACAGGUGGGUGCAUUUUAUUUGUUUAAAGUAAAAAAAGGAGUAUCUGUACUAAAGUGCAAGAUUCAGAGUUGAAGUAAAAAAUGUUUUUUCUGUGCCUAAGAACUAUUCCUUUGCUCUCUGUAGUAUUUAAGCAUGCAUAUAUUGACCAUAAUUGUUUCGUAACUCUCAUUCACAGAGCUGUAUGUGCUUUUAAAACAGUCGGUUUGAGUCACAUAGUACAGUUCAUAGUAUUGUUCAUUUGUUUCGUGUUUAAGGGCUUUGAGUAUUCCUUGUUUGUGCUUUAUGUGUUUCACAAAUGGUGCCGAUAUUUCAGUUCUGUGAGACGUUUUAGCGUGUUUCACAUAUGACACUCAGUGUGAAGAUUCUUUUUUGUAAAGCGAAAUUAUUAAAGGUCACAUAUUAUGCAAACUGCA